UCUAUGGGGCAGGGAGAGACCAAAGUUUGGAGGGGGUCCCUGUGGAGAUCUAUGGGGCAGGGAAGUUCUGUGGGGCAGGAGAAUCCUGGGGGUAAAUCCGUGGGGCAGGAGGGGUCUCUGGGGGGAUCUAUGGGGCAGGGGGACUCAGAAGGUGGGGAGGGGUCGCCAUUGCAGGAGCAGGUGGAGGCGCAGGUGAGGGAUGGCCGGGCCCUGGCGGUCCUGGGAUGGUGGGAGCUGCUCCGGGGCCUGCUGGUGUUCGCCCUCUGCUCCCACCCCCGGCUGCAGCAGGACCCUGAGGCGCUCCUGCGGGCGUCCCGCCGGGUCCUGGGUGCCCGCCUGUGGCGGGCCCUUCUCUCCGUGUCCCUCUGGGGACAGUUUGCUGUCGGCCGGAGCCCGGCGGCCGUGCGGGAGCUGGGCCAGCGGCUCCGGGCGCGUGGCCUGCGCCCUUUGCUGGCCCUGCCCAUCGAGGGCGAGGGACCCGACGGCGAGGGCGAGGCCUGGUUCGAGCAGAACUGUGGGGCAGCCCUGCAGUGUGUGGGGCUGGCGGCCGCCGCGGGCCCCGAGCCCGCCAUGCAGCUCAAGGUGACGGCGCUGCUGAGCCAGCGGCUCUGC